AUGCACCACCAAACACAUCCACAACGCAUGGAGCCAAAGACGACUGACCAGAGAACAUCGCCCACACUUUUUUCCCGUAAUUGAUGAGAAGCUUUCUGCAAAAUCUUACAAACACAACACAACUCAAACUCCCCUUUUUCUGUUGAUACAUAUCUAUAUCUCUAUUUUGUACUGCACGACAGUCCAAACAAAUAUUACCACAUUAAUUAUAUGAAUGCUGAAAGCCGGCGACCUCACGUGGUCCUGCUCUCGGCGCCGGGAAUAGGCCACGUGAUCCCGCUGGCGGACUUUGCCGUUCGCCUCGCCGCCCACGGCUUCUCCGCCACCCUCCUCACCUUCUCCAACUUCGACUCCCCGGCGCAGGCCGCCUUCCUCGCCUCCCUCCCCUCCGGCUCCGUCACCUCCGUCUCCCUCCCCUCCAUCUCCCUCUCCGACCUCCCCCCCGACUCCCCGAUCGAAGUCCACCUCUGCGCCCUCCUCGCCCGAUGCCUCCCCCUCCUCCGCGACGCCUUCCUCUCCUUCCGAAACCCCGCCGCCGCCUUCGUCUGCGGCCUUUACGGAUCCGAGACGCUGUCGCUGGUGCGGGAGCUCGGCGUGCCGGGCUACAUAUUUUACCCUUCCAACCUCACGAUGCUCACCCUCGCGCUGCACCUGCCCCGGCUCGACGAGACCACCGACGUCGACUUCGAAGACCUCCCCGACCCCGUCCGCCUGCCCGGCUGCGUCGCCAUACGCGGGACGGACUUCCCCGACCCCUUCCGCAAGAAGUCACACCCCGAGCACGCUCCGCUCAUACAGACCCUGCGCAAAUACAGCGAGGCGGCCGGGAUUCUGGUGAACAGCUUCGAGGAGAUGGAGCCGGAGGCGGUGAAAGCCAUCAUAGAGGAGGAGCAAGUGGAAGCAGGGAGGCCGCCGGUCCACCUGGUGGGUCCGACGGUCCGGUCCGCCGGGUCAGACGAGGAGGACGAGUCGGGCUGCCUGGAGUGGCUGGACCGGCAGCCGGCCGGCUCGGUUUUAUUUGUGUCUCUGGGGAGUGGUGGGACCAUCUCGACCGAGCAGCUGCAGGAGAUGGCGCUCGGGCUGGAGGCCAGCGGGCAGCGCUUUCUCUGGGUCGUCAGGUGCCCCACUGACAGCGAAACGAGUGCUGCCUUCUUCACCUCCGGAAGCAAGGAUGACCCUUCGAACUACCUUCCGGACGGCUUCUUGGAACGGACCAAGGACGUGGGCCGCGUGGUGCCGUCGUGGGCGCCGCAGGUCAGGGUGCUGGCCCAUGCCGCGACCGGCGGCUUCUUCUCGCACUGCGGCUGGAACUCGACGCUGGAGAGCGCCGUGCACGGCGUGCCGAUGAUCGCGCACCCGCUCUACGCCGAGCAGUACACGAAUGCCAUCCUGCUCGCCGAGGCGGUCGGAAUCGCCAUCCAGCCGCAGGCGAGGGAGCCCUACGGCGUCGUCGGCAGGGAGGAGAUCGCGGCGGCGGCGAAGGAAUUGAUGCAGGGGGAGAAGGGCAAGGCGCUGCACCGUCGCGCCAAGGAGCUGCAGGAGGCGGCAGCGCGGGCGCUCGCGCCGCCGGAGGGGUCCUCAUACAAGGCGCUGCAGGGAGUUGCCAAUAAGUGGAAGGAGGGGGCGAGCCGGCGCGUAGCAAGUACUUGAAACACGUCUUAUGAAAUAUUAUUAAUAAUUGAGUAUUAAUAAUUAAAAAUAUUAAUAAUUUAUCCUUUUUUU